AGCCCGCCGGGUGGCACGCUGACCUGCGAGCUCCAGGACUGCCCCUUCUGCGCCAGCCUCCUGGAGGACCCCGAGUUUGCCUUCAGUGAGUCUGAUAGCUGCGACUCCGACAGCAAUGGCGUCUACGAGUUCACCCAGGACCUGCGGCAUGGUGACCACAGAGACCAGCUCCAGCAGCAGCGGGGCAGGAGGAGGAGGAAGAAGAAAAAGGCCAAGGAGAGGAACAAGGUCAGCCGCUUGUGGAAGGCUUUUGGCAGCAAGCUGAAGAGGAUUGUGGAGAGCAAGUAUUUCAACCGGGGGAUUAUGAUAGCCAUUCUCAUCAACACGCUGAGCAUGGGCAUCGAGUACCACGAGCAGCCAGAUGAGUUGACCAACGCCUUGGAGAUCAGUAACAUUGUCUUCACAAGCAUGUUUGCCCUGGAGAUGCUCCUAAAACUCCUUGCCUUUGGCCUCUUUGGCUAUAUCAAGAACCCAUACAACAUCUUUGAUGGCAUCAUAGUUGUCAUCAGUGUGUGGGAGAUCAUCGGCCAGUCGGAUGGAGGCCUCUCUGUGCUACGAACCUUUCGGCUGCUCCGGGUGCUGAAACUGGUGCGCUUCAUGCCCGCCCUCCGUCGCCAGCUUGUGGUCCUGAUGAAGACAAUGGACAAUGUAGCCACCUUCUGCAUGUUGCUCAUGCUCUUCAUCUUCAUCUUCAGCAUCCUUGGCAUGCAUCUUUUUGGGUGCAAGUUCAGCCUGAAAACUGAUACAGGAGACACAGUUCCAGACCGAAAGAAUUUUGAUUCCUUGCUUUGGGCUAUUGUGACCGUAUUUCAGAUCCUCACUCAAGAGGACUGGAACGUGGUCCUGUACAAUGGGAUGGCAUCUACAUCCUCAUGGGCAGCACUCUACUUUGUGGCCUUGAUGACCUUCGGCAAUUAUGUGCUCUUCAACCUUCUUGUUGCCAUCCUGGUAGAAGGCUUCCAGGCAGAGGGUGAUGCCAAUAGGUCAGACACAGACGAGGACAAGACAUCUGCCAACUUUGAUGAUGAUUUUGAGAAGCUAAAAGACCUCCGAGCAACAGAGAUGAAGAUGUACUCACUUGCUGUCACCCCAAAUGGACACCUGGAGGGCAGGGGAAGCAUGCCCCCUCCUAUCAUCAUGCGCACUGCUGCCACACCAAUGCCCACACCAAAGUGUUCCCCACACAUGGAUUCAGUGCACACUUUUGUGGACUCGAGGAGAGGGAGUAAUGCUUCCCUAGAGCCCUUGAACUACGACCAGAAGUCCUUGUCCAGCCUCCGCAGUUCCCCUUGCGCCAACUGGGGCACCAGCAGCAACUGGGGCAGCCGACGCUCAAGCUGGAAUAGCCUGGGCAGAGCCCCAAGCCUCAAGAAGAAGAACCAGUCAGGAGAAAGAGAGUCCUUGCUCUCUGGGGAGGGGAAAGGCAGCACAGAUGAUGACUCUGAUGAUGCCAAGUCCAGCACAGUGAGCAGACCCUCGCUGCACCGCCGGGCAGAGUCCCUGGACUACCGCAGCUCCUUGGACUUGCCGGAGCUGCUCCAGCUGCCCACCAUGCGCCACUCGCUCAGCAUCAGCCCUGUGGCUCUUCUGCCUGCUGAGUACCAAGACUGCAAUGGCAAAAUGGUUCAUGUCCCCAGCGAGUUCUUCCUGCGUGUGGAUGGUCACAAGGAGGACACUAUGGACUAUGAGGAUGACAUGGAGGAUAGUUACUGCUACCGGAUUCGCAAAGCCCUGGAGCCCUACAAACCACAGUGGUGCAAGACUCAUGAAGACUGGUCCCUCUAUGUGUUUUCCCCACAGAAUCGGUUCCGAGUGAUGUGCCAGAAGGUCAUUGCCCACAAGAUGUUUGAUCAUGUGGUGCUGGUCUUCAUAUUUCUCAACUGCAUCACUAUAGCACUGGAGCGACCAGACAUAGACCCACACAGCACAGAGAGGAUAUUCCUAAGUGUUUCUAACUACAUCUUCACUGCAAUCUUUGUGGCUGAAAUGAUGGUUAAGGUGGUAGCUCUUGGCUUUUUCUCUGGGGAGAACACCUAUCUGCAGAGCAGCUGGAAUGUCCUGGAUGGAGUCCUGGUCUUCGUAUCUAUCAUUGACAUUAUUGUCUCCAUGGCAUCGGCAGGUGGAGCAAAGAUCUUGGGUGUCCUUCGUGUUUUGAGACUUCUGAGGACUUUGAGACCUCUCAGAGUCAUCAGCAGAGCCCCAGGUCUGAAGCUGGUGGUAGAAACCUUGAUCUCCUCCUUAAGGCCUAUUGGGAAUAUUGUCCUCAUCUGCUGUGCUUUCUUCAUUAUCUUUGGGAUUUUAGGGGUCCAGCUUUUUAAAGGCAAGUUCUACUACUGUGAUGGUCCUGAUGUGAAAAACAUCACUACAAAGACUGACUGCACCAACGCUCGCUACAGAUGGGUUCGGCGGAAGUACAACUUUGACAAUUUGGGACAGGCCCUCAUGUCCUUGUUUGUCCUCUCCUCCAAAGAUGGCUGGGUGAACAUCAUGUACGAUGGUUUGGAUGCUGUGGGUAUUGACCAACAGCCCAUCCAGAACCAUAACCCUUGGAUGCUUCUCUACUUCAUCUCCUUCCUGCUCAUCGUCAGCUUCUUCGUGCUCAACAUGUUUGUGGGAGUGGUGGUGGAGAACUUCCACAAGUGCCGCCAGCACCAGGAGGCGGAGGAGGCCCGGCGGCGGGAGGAGAAGCGCCUCAGACGCCUGGAGAAAAAGCGCAGGAGUACCUUUCUUUCUCCUUCUCCUGCAGAAGCCCAACGCAGGCCUUACUAUGCUGACUAUUCCCCAGCAAGGAAGUACAUCCACACCCUCUGCACCAGCCACUAUCUCGACCUCUUCAUCACCUUCAUCAUUGGGGUCAAUGUCAUCACUAUGUCAAUGGAGCACUACAACCAGCCAAAGUCCCUGGAUGAAGCCCUGAAGUACUGCAACUACGUGUUCACCAUAGUUUUUGUGUUUGAGGCAGUUCUGAAGUUGGUGGCAUUUGGGUUUCGAAGGUUCUUUAAGGACAGGUGGAAUCAGCUGGAUUUGGCCAUAGUUCUGUUGUCAAUCGUGGGAAUCACACUGGAGGAAAUUGAGAUGAAUGCUGCACUGCCCAUCAACCCCACCAUCAUCCGCAUCAUGCGGGUGCUGAGAAUAGCACGAGUGCUGAAACUGCUCAAAAUGGCCACUGGGAUGCGAGCCUUGCUGGACACAGUGGUACAAGCACUUCCCCAGGUAGGGAACCUUGGCCUACUUUUUAUGCUCCUGUUUUUUAUCUAUGCUGCCCUGGGAGUGGAAUUGUUUGGCAAGCUGGACUGCAGUGAGGAAAACCCCUGUGAAGGUCUGAGCCGGCACGCAACAUUCACCAACUUCGGCAUGGCCUUUCUCACCCUCUUCAGGGUGUCUACAGGGGACAACUGGAAUGGGAUCAUGAAGGACACUCUGCGGGAAUGCACUCGGGAAGACAAGCACUGCCUCAGUUACCUGCCUGUUAUCUCUCCUGUCUACUUCGUCACCUUCGUCCUCAUCGCACAGUUCGUCCUAGUCAAUGUGGUGGUGGCAGUGCUGAUGAAGCACUUGGAGGAGAGCAACAAGGAGGCCAAGGAAGAUGCUGAGAUGGAUGCUGAGAUCGAAUUGGAGAUGUCCAGAGGAGCAACCACCUCGGCCACCAGUGGGAGCAGAGGUGCAGUGGCCCCAGAGAGCAGGGCACCCUACAGAAGUCAGGAGACCACAAAGUCAGAGUCAGCGCUGCAGGUGAAGCAUCAAGCCCUGGGCAGUGCAGCCUCCCUGAGGCCACAGGACUCUCAGAACCUGCUGACUGUCCGCAAGAUCUCCGUUUCCCGAAUGCAUUCCUUGCCCAACGACAGCUACAUGUUCCGGCCAGUGAUGCCAGCCAAAGCCCCUUUCCCCCUCCACGAGGUGGAAAUGGAAACAUAUCCCUGCAAAUCCCAAAGAGGGUCCAUCACCUCCAUCCGCUCCCAGCCUGUGGGAACAUGCUCCUCUCUGAGAGUCCCAACGGAGUCCCUGCAGCUGGCAGUCCGUUCUCCCAACCACUGGAAGAUCCUUCCCCCCCACAUCACACCUCGAUCUCCUACUCUCAACAAGCUGCUGUGCAGACAGGAGGCCAUUCAAACAGACUCCAUGGACGGGCAGACGUCAGACCGCAAGGACAACCUUUGCGGCCAGCACAGCAUUCCCAGCAGGUCGCCCAGCCCCAGCAGCAGCCCCCCCAGCCCCGAGGGCUGCCUCUUUGAGUCCUCAGACCUGGCUGAUGAGGAGGUUUGCCACAUCAACAGCUCGGCCAAGGACUGGGGAGGGGAGCACUCGGACGCUGCCUUCGUCUCCCCAGCCCCAUCUCCUGUGCCCCUCAAGAACUGCAGCACAAGCAGCCUCUCCAGGGGCAGCAGCAGCAAGGAGAAGGACUUGAAGAAGUUUUACAGCAUCGACACAAAGGGCUUCCUCAACAAGCCCAGCUGGGCAGAUGACCAAAGGCGGCACUCCAUCGAGAUCUGCCCCUCCAUCAGCGAUGGGAACUGUAGCUUCGGUAGCUUCGAGGACCCUGCCGAGGAAAAGCAGCACUCCCCUGCCCACAUCCAGAUGGAGUCAGAGCACAUCCACGGAGCCCGGAGGAAGAAGAAGAUGAGCCCGCCCUGCAUUUCUAUAGAUCCUCCCAUGGAGGAUGACAGUGGGGCGGCCUCACGCACCAAACCCUCUGAGAACAGCAUGCUGCGGAGAAGGACCCCGUCCUGCGAGUUCCCGGCUUACAGAGAGUCCCUGGAGCUCGCAGAGAGCCAGCCCGGGGAGGUGGCCUCCAAAGCAGAGCGCCGGGGGCAGCCCCCGUGCCGUGGGGAGCAUCUGACCAUCCCCAACUUCUCCUUCGAGCAGUUGGAUGGCAGCUCCUUGAGCAGCCUCUCGGAUCUGGACUCCCGGGCGGACCUCGCUGCUUCCGAACUGAAAAAGCCGGAUCACUUAAAAACUCAGUGGAGCAACGCUGAGAAAAGCAAAGAGCUCCUGGGCAUUGCUAAGAGCCCUCUCCGGAAGCAGGACUUGGUCCCUGUGACUGUUGCAACAGAAGAAGACAUAGAUGACCCAGUAUAG